UAAGUGGCGAUAGUAUCUUCCACUUAUUUAUUUGCUUCCCUUUCUUCUUUCUUUUCCGAUCCGAUACGGUAAGGCAGUGACACCAUGGACGGCGGUGACAAGGCGGCGUUUUGCAAGUGCGACGAUGGCUGGACUUGCACCAUAACUAAGACCACCGAUCCAUCCAAGUCCGGCAAGCCUUUCUCCAGCUGCUCCGGCCCUUGCUCCUGCUCCAUCAAGGCGACUGAGCCGCUGAGCGAGGAAGAGUUAAAGCAGGCGCGGGAGGGGUCGCCGCCGGCGAACUCCAAGGUCUUCUGCGUGUGCCCGGAAGGGUGGUCGUGCGUGGUUCCAAAGACUGCCGGCCCCGACGCCGGCAGGAUUCAGUUCGAGUGCGGCGAAGGUUGUGCCUGUGUCGUCGGAGAAAACGACGCUGUCAAAAUUGCUUCUGUCUAAUAUAAUAUUAUAUAUAUUAUUGCGGGCUUAGCAAUCUUUAAGGUGUGUUUGCUUUUUCCGGUGGGUUAGUAUCUCUUUCCUGCCAUUAUUAUGUACCUACGAAUAAUAAGAUGAGCUCUCAGCCUAGUUGUUAGUUCA